GUGAACGCAGCGCUGCCAUAUUGUUGUUGUAUUUUCGGGGCAGCUGAGCGGAGUUUCCAGCUGCUGUCACUGUGGACUCUUUCUAAGGGGGGGGGACACUGCUUACCGACACUAUCUGGAAUACAACUAAACUGAAGUCACUGUAAAAGUUUCGGGACAGCGACAGGAGCCGUCGGGAGAGGUGAAGAUGGUGGACCGGCUUGCAAACAGCGAGGCCAACUCGAAGCGCAUUGCGGUGGUGGAAAGCUGCUUUGGCGCCGCCGGGCAGCCAUUGGCCAUCCCUGGGCGUGUGCUCAUCGGCGAGGGCGUCCUCACCAAACUCUGCCGCAAGAAGCCCAAAGCACGGCAGUUUUUCCUCUUCAACGACAUCCUGGUGUACGGCAACAUCGUCAUCCAGAAGAAGAAGUACAACAAGCAGCACAUCAUCCCACUGGAGAGCGUCACCAUUGACACGGUGCCAGAUGAGGGCGACCUCCGCAACGGCUGGCUCAUCAAAACGCCCACCAAGUCGUUUGCUGUGUACGCCGCCACUGCCACAGAGAAGUCUGAGUGGAUGAACCACAUAGGGAAGUGUGUGGGAGACCUGCUGCAGAAGAGCGGGAAGGCUCCCACCGGAGAGCACGCUGCCGUCUGGGUUCCCGACUCUGAGGCAUCGGUGUGCAUGCGCUGCAAGAAGGUCAAGUUUACACCCGUCAGCCGCCGCCAUCACUGCAGGAAGUGCGGCUUCGUGGUGUGCGGCCCGUGCUCAGAGAAGAAGUACCUCCUGCCCAGCCAGUCGUCCAAACCGGUUCGAGUCUGUGAGUACUGCUACAGCCAGCUGAUGUCUGGAAGCCUGGCGCCGCGCUUAGACUCCAUCAGCCGGCCGGGGUCAAAGUUCAACAGCAACAACCUGUCGGACGAUGAGGAUGAAGACGACAGCAGUGACUAAGGACCACAGGACCCUCCUCGAUCUGCUCAUCUAAGAGUUGAGGAGGAAAUACUCUAACAAGAGCUUUUUGUUUUUCUUUUUGCUCCAAAUGAAUGAGGAUUAAUGAAUGGAUGAAGGAAUGAAUGAAUGAAUCCCGUCACUUGGGAUUUCCAUCCACAAACCAAGUGUUUAUUCUCUCCUUUUUCUCCAGGGAUCGUACUUUCCUGAACACUGCGAUUAAACAGAUGUGGAUUUAGUGUGGUGACUGGCAGAACAAUGGGGAAAAAAGUCUGACUGUUCAUCAUCCCCCCCUUUUUUCUCUCUUUUUUUGACGCUUGAUCAGGCUGCAGUUCAUCACUACAUAACACAACGGUGCUAAUGAGACCCCUCUCCUUUUACUUUCUUCACAUGAUGAUUGCUUGUAAUUUUCUGCAGGGAAAAGCAAAUGAUAGGGCUUCAUCUCUUCACACCAAAAAGGGGCUAUUUUCACAUGCUUAUUGCCCUGCUUUGUAAAUUUCUCUCCAGUCUCAAGUAAAAUUAUUACUCUAAAUGUUUUCUAGCAGACCUGAUACUGUAGCUGCUUGUGACAAAUCAGAUUCAUGUAGAAACUAAAGCUGGACACACACUUAACAACCAUCUGAGCAAAUCUACUCUUUUACUAUCAGAAAAAACAAACAUGAAGAAGCACCAAGUCUGCAAAAUAUAUGACCCUGUUGUUUUACUCAUAUAAAUAA